AUUUGUGUCAUAUUCCAACCCCCACAAAAUCUCCUUCAGAGAUUAAUCCAAAGCCAGAAUGUCUGCAGCACAGCUUCUCAACCCGAAAGCUGAAUCAAGGAGACGAGGAGAAGCUCUACGAGUCAACAUCAGCGCCGGCGAAGGUCUUCAAGAUGUGCUGAAAUCGAACUUGGGUCCACUUGGGACCAUAAAGAUGUUUGUUGAUGGAGCUGGCGCAAUCAAGCUUACGAAAGACGGAAAUGUUCUCUUACGAGAGAUGCAAAUACAAAAUCCUACUGCGGUGAUGAUUGCUCGAGCAGCCACGGCACAAGACGACAUUUGCGGUGAUGGCACGACCUCGGUGGUACUUCUUGUCGGCGAAUUGUUGAAGCAGGCCGAUAGAUACAUAUCUGAAGGAUUACAUCCUAGAAUCAUUACUGAUGGGUAUGAGAUCGCGAAAGCGGAGGCUUUGAAGUUCCUGGAUACUUUCAAACUUGAGAGAGAAGUUGACAGGGAGCUCCUAUUAUCUGUUGCACGCACGUCUCUUUCUACGAAGCUCAACCACACACUUGCAGAUAAACUUACUCCGGACAUCGUCGAUGCUGUCCUCUCCAUUUAUCAAGCUCCUGCGAAACCCGACCUGCACAUGGUCGAAAUAAUGAAGAUGCAACAUCGAACGGCAUCAGAGACACAACUCAUUCGAGGUUUGGCUCUAGACCAUGGCGCGAGACACCCUGACAUGCCGAAACGGGUCGAAAACGCGUUCAUUCUGAGCCUGAAUGUGAGCUUAGAGUAUGAGAAAUCCGAGAUCAACUCUGGUUUUUACUACUCAAGUGCAGAGCAAAGAGAUAAGCUUGUCGAGAGUGAGCGUCGGUUUGUUGACGAGAAGCUACGAAAGAUCGUUGAAUUGAAGAAAGAGGUCUGUGGCAAUGAUCCCAAGAAGGGCUUUGUCAUUAUCAACCAAAAGGGAAUCGACCCACUCUCGCUCGAUGUACUGGUCAAGAAUGGAAUUUUUGCCCUGAGACGUGCAAAGAGAAGGAAUAUGGAAAGAUUACAAUUGAUCUGCGGUGGCACGGCACAGAACAGCGUCGACGAUCUGACGCCAGAUGUCCUUGGAUGGGCAGGAUUGGUGUAUGAGCAUCAACUAGGAGAGGAGAAGUACACCUUUAUCGAGGACGUGAAGGACCCAAAAUCGGUCACGGUUCUCAUCAAGGGUCCUAACCAGCACACGAUUACUCAGAUCACAGAUGCCGUUCGCGAUGGGCUCCGAAGCGUGUACAAUAUGAUCGUCGAUAAGAGCGUCGUACCAGGUGCUGGAGCUUUCCAGGUUGCUUGUGCAGCGCACUUGAACAGCGAGGCCUUCCGCAAGACUGUCAAAGGCAAGGCGAAGUGGGGCGUGCAGGCAUUUGCAGACGCUCUUCUCAUUAUUCCAAAGACGCUGGCUGCGAAUGCUGGUCAUGAUAUCCAAGAUUCCCUUGCCAGCCUGCAGGAUGAGCAUGCCGAAGGUAACGUUGUUGGCCUUGAUCUCAAGACUGGCGAACCUAUGGACCCUGUUCUGGAGGGCGUGUAUGAUUCUUUCCGUGUCCUACGGAACUGCAUUGCGUCGAGUUCCGGUAUCGCCUCCAACCUUCUGUUAUGUGACGAGUUGCUGAAGGCCCGGCAAAUGGGUAGACAAGGAGGACCUGGCCCAGGGAUGGAUGAGUAG